AUGCGAGGAAAAGGUUUCCAGCAGGCUAAUGUCACAAUGCUGCCGGUUUCUUUGGCUGAAGAUUUUGAAGCUUUUUGUCGAAUGAACUCUGCUCCUUUACCCCUCAUUUACAGAAGCUGCCCCGGGGAAACACACUGCCCCCCGGUGGCUAAAGACGCAGACAUCAGGACAGAUAUCUCUCGGUACUGCAUCUAUGACAACGGCAAAAUGGUGAAAACUGUCUCCAACUUGAAAAAAUACAGCAAUGAAUUCAGGGACAUAGUAUGUUUUUAUCUGGGAUGCAGUUUUGGUUUCGAGGGGAAACUUAAAGAGGCUGGAAUCCCCGUGAGGAAUGUGGAGCAGAAGAAAAAUGUCAGCAUGUACAGAACCUCUGUACCCUGUGUACCAGCUGGAGUCUUUCAAUGCCUCCUGGUGGUCACAAUGCGUCCUGUUCCGGCUCAGAUGCUGGAUACUGUAGUAGAGGUCACCCACCUCAACCCACUGGCCCACGGAGCUCCUGUGCACAUAGGAGACCCAGCUCUACUGGGGAUCCAGGACCUGUCCAGACCGGCUUAUGGGGACGCAGUAGAGCAGCAGGCCGGAGAUGUACCUGUGUUCUGGGCCUGUGGAGUCACGUCUGUGGAGGCAAUACUUAGAGCCAAGCCAGCGUUGGCCUUCAGUCACUCUCCAGGCUGCAUGUUCCUCACUGACCUACCAGACUCCUCUUCCACCUCCUCGUCCAUUUCCUCCUCCCCUAUAGACCCCCAUCUCAUUCCCCUGAGCUUCAAAUUAUCCCAGAAUCCUUUGCUCUACAGCUUAGCGUCCAAGAGGGCUGUGCACAAAAUCAGACAACUGGAGAACAUUAUCAAUAAGAAGAAUCCAGAUGCUGUAAUAGACCAUGAUGCACUGGUCCGCUGCUGUCUGGCCCUCUCUCACGCCUCCUCCGUUGCCAUAGUAACGCACCAUCUGAACAGACUUUCACCUGGAACUGUUGCCAUGGCGAACAUGCUGAUGUCUCUAGGGAAACAGGUGACCAUGGUAACAGACCGGAUAGACAGCAUCCAAAAGUCAGUGAGCAUCGAAGUUUACCCUCAAACUGGAAGGCCCCCAGAGGCAAAAAGAUGA